GAUUGACCUCACGCAUCAGAUAUGUAAUCGUUAGAUUUGCAUGAUUAACGAGGAACGGAAAUACUUUUCUGUAACUCUUUUUAACGAUCAAUUGAUUUAAAAUGUUGCCACAUAAAAUUACAGGCAAAAUGUCUAUUAUAUUUCUGUUCCUCAAUUUAUUUUCUAUUUUGACCAUCAUAAGCUGCGACAGCUCCUCGCAAAUUCCAGGUGUAAAGCCAGAAAAUAUUAGAACAAGACUCUUCAAGAACAAAAUUGGACCUUGCUCGUAUUAUCAAUUUAGAUGCCAGAAUGAUAAAUGUGUAGAGAGAGGGGACUUUUGCAAUGGUAGAGAUGAUUGUGGAGAUAACUCCGACGAAUGGUACUGCAGAACUAGUUCAUGCAGAGAUGGAAAGGGAAUAGCAUGUGGAAAUGGUUAUUACGAUUGGAACUGUAUCCCAGAAGCAUGGGAAUGUGAUGGAAUUAAAGAUUGUACUGAUGGGCGAGAUGAAAGAAGAUGCGAAGAUCGUUUUGAAUCGGGUGUUCAUCCCGAUCAAAUACUCAGAGCGAAAUUCUAUGCAACGAAUUGGAUUUUAAAUGGAAGAAAUAAUGCAAGCCAUAUUCAAAAGUGGGGUGGCAAUAUAGCUAGAACAGCAGUAGCCUACUAUUUUUCAGAGAGCUCAAAUCAAACAAAGAAUAAAAAUUAUAAUGAUGAAUUAGCGUAUGAACUCAGCAUUCGUUUGCUUUCCAAAUUUGCUUUAAGAAAUAUGGCCGAAUUAUAA